CAGGCAGCGUGGGUUCAGUUCCCACUCAGUGACGGUGUGAAUGUGAGUGCGAAUGGUUGUCCGUGUCUAUAUGUGCUCUGCGACUGACUGGCGACCAGUUCAGGGUGUAGUCCGCUUUUUGCCCGAAGUCAGCUGGGAUAGGCUGCAGCGUCCCGUGACCCUAACCAGGAUAAGCGGUGUUGAAAAUGGUGGAUGGAUAUUAUCAAAACAAAUUUGAUAAAAAAGUUCAGUGAAGAAAACUACAUGGCUGAUCAAAAUUUUUGCACCUUCAAAGCCAGUCUUCAAGAGGGGGCUUAGUUUUUGCCCCUUCAAAGCCGAUCGAUAGUCCAUUUUCAUUUAUUCUAUGAAAAUGCUGUGCUUGUACUUACAUUUUCUCACUUUAUUUGUAAAGUGAGGUUAAACAGACCUGUCAAAAAUGAGAAUUUGCUGAGGACAGCAUGCGAACGUAAAGGGGGAGGUUUGCGCGUGAAGGAGGACGCUAAAGGCACACCCCCAGUAGGUAUAUAGCGCCGGUCAAGCCAGCCUCCACUUGUAAAGUAGCAAUCAAGCCAGCCGCCCCUAAUUUUGUUUUGUUCAUAAGAUUCAAAUUAACUUUGCUGGUUGCAUUCCUUAACUAAAGAGCAGUGACGUCCGUAUUAUUGGGAAGCUUUUAUUUUGAAGAUGGCUUUCGCCGCGAGUUGGCGACCUAUUACCGUAAUGCCUAGUAUGAACAAAAUUAGGCGCGGCUGACUUGACCGCUACUUUAUGAGUGGAGGCUGGCUUGACCCCAGUCAAAAACGGCACCUAGGAAGAGACACGCUUACGAAGCACAGUUUAAACUGCAAGCUAUCAGUUACGCGGUGGAACAUGGGAAUCGAGCAGCCGCGAGAGAAUUCAAGAUAAAGGAAUCCAUGGUGGAGGAGGCAGGAAACGAGCUUCGUCAAGUCAAGAAGACGAAGUUGAGUCUCCGUGGAAAAAAAGAAAAACAAAACGUGGAAACAAGGCGAGGUGGCCGAGUUGGAAGACCAGCUUGAGCAAUGGAUUAAUGAACUCCAACCGCUGGACAUCGGUGUAAACAGGGCGUUCAAAGUGAAGUUGCGAGCGGCGUGGGAGCCAUGGAUGACAGAUACUAAGACUAGGAGGCAGCCCCAGGCGAGUUACGCCACAAUUUGUGAAUGGAAUGUGGAUGCUUGCACUAACGUGUCUGCUUACACUGUUGUUUGAGCUUUUCGUAAAAGCAUCAUUUCUGAGGAGCCGCACGGCAACGAGACUGACUCGAACCUGGCGUGUUUGAUUGAGAACUUGCCCAGCUGUUCAUUUCGGAUACAGAACAUGUGGACUUCGAUGGAUUUGUGGAUGAGGAUUGAUAAAAAAAAAUAACGUAAGUGUACUAAUGACCCCUGCAGGAUAAAAAUAAUCAACCAUGUAAAAGUGAGGAUCUGCUAUCUUCAAUGGAGUUGCUGCUUUUUCUUUUUUCAGUGGAAUGGAAGGAUUCCCCGUCCGGAGUGUGGAUAUGCAGCGGGCCACCGACAACAUCACGGUCCGUCAGGGCGACACAGCCAUUAUAAGGUGUUAUGUAGAUGACAAAGCCUCCAAGGUGGCGUGGCUCAAUCGAUCAAACAUUAUCUUUGCCGGUGAGGACAAGUGGUCUCUGGACCCCAGAGUCGAUCUGGUUACCAAAGGACAACUUGAGUACAGCCUACGCAUACAAAAGGUGGAUGUUUAUGAUGAAGGGUCGUACACCUGCUCCAUACAGACUAAGCAGCAGCCGAAGCCUUCAUUGGUCUACCUCAUUGUACAAGUUCCAGCAAACAUCUAUAAGAUGUCAGAAGACAUGAUGGUGAAUGAGGGCAGCAACGUUACACUCAGCUGCUUGGCCAGUGGCAGACCAGACCCGCUAAUUACCUGGCGGCUGCUCAACCCCUCAGCCGAGCCACUGGAUGGAGAGGAGUACCUGGACAUCAUUGGUAUAAUGCGAACUCAAGCAGGUCGCUAUGAAUGCAAGGCCAGCAAUGAUGUUGCCACGCCUGAUGUCAAAUAUGUCAAUGUGAUCGUCAACUACCCUCCAACAAUAAAAAAAACCCAGAGCUCAGAGGCCCAGCUUGGCCGCAUUGGGACCCUACUGUGUGAAGCUACCGCUGUGCCCACACCAGAAUUUGAAUGGUACAGGGAUGAAAAAAGGCUGUCCAAUGCGCAGGGCCUCAAUAUUCAAGUUCUUGGCACAAGUACAGUUCUCAUGAUUCCAAGUGUCACUGAAGAGGAUUAUGGGAAAUAUACCUGUGUGGCCUCAAACCGACUGGGUGUCCAAAAUUCCAGUCUCUUCCUCUACAGACCCGGAACAGGCCGAGAUAUCAACGGCUCAACUUGUGUAUCUCAAUCACUGUGGCUCCUGCUGGCCUGCAUCACCUGCCUUCUCUUCAAGUGUUAAUAUCUCUCCUCUCCUUUUCCUCCCACUUGGCCUUUGACCUUCCCAUUCACUUUCUCUCCAACUCACCGACAUCCUUAUUGCUACAACGACCUUACCACCACCAGACUGUUUGCAUCGUUCCAAACACCUUACAUGCUGUCAAGUAUUGCUCGCAAAUACUACGUCUGGUUAUGAGUACGACACUAUAGACGCGAGAGGGGAAAAAAAUAAGUAAAUAAAAAAUAAGUAAAUAAAAAAUAACGAUAUGAAAGACAGAAUAAGCAAACAGUGCUUUUUUAAUGAUUUGUGUUGCUCUUUUUAAUAUGUAAGCACUUCUUUGUUUCUGCUUUCUGCAGAUGCUUUAGAAUUUGUUGUACUUGUGUCUUGAUGGAAUUGAAUACAAAGGUAUCCCACUUAUGAGGAUGCCAACAAUCAUUUGUCUGUAGAAGAACUGAAGAGUCCCAGAGUUGCGUUAUGUCCAGUUAAACAAGAGGAUUUUAUCACGUGGUUAUCCAGUGCAUUAAUGAGUCGGAAUAAUCUGCCAAAUUUUAAAUGAUAAGAUAGUAAAAGUAGGAUUUGUGUUGUUGUCUGGACAUCAAGUAGACUCCAUGCAGAGUACAAAUUGAUCUGGUAAUAAAUACCAACAACCAUAUUUCGUGAAUUUGCAACCUUUUUUCCAGCUCCGUGUUUUUGCUCUAAGCCUAACACGAUCAUCCGAAACAGCCUAUUCUCAUGAGAAAUUAUUAGGAUGUCGGGUAAAAAGUCAAGCACGAGUAUAUUUUCUAGCAACAGGAAUGUCAUCUGACUCUUCUGCGAUGUUUUCUGUGAAAAAAAACUGAAGGCAAAUCCAUACAUAUAUAUAUAUAUAUAUAUAUGUGUAUAUAUAUAUAUAUAUAUAUAUAUAUAUAUAUAUAUACACACAUACACACACAAGUUUUUUAAAAGAUAUCCAAGUGAAAGUUUUUGAAAAUGAUUGUUAUAUUUUCCAUGUAAGCACAAAAAAUGGUAGAGCGGGAAGACGGAAGACGUGCAUGUGUUUAUAACCAAAAAUAAAAAUAGUGCUGGUCAAGAACAUGAGGCAGUGAAGAGUUCAUUUACUAUGCUAGCGGAGACACAUUACUUACAUCAAAUUCUAAAGCCACAUACAGUAUAUGGAAACUCAACUUUUGGAAAAGACCCAGCAAGACAAGUACCGUAAUUUCUCGUGUAUAAUGCGCACCCAUGUAUAAUACGCACCCCCAAAGUUGACCUCAAAAUUCUGGAAAACCCUUCUACCUAUGUAUAAUGCAUUUUUACAAUGCAUGAUUUUGCGUCUACCUAUAUGAUCAAAACAUGAAGUAUUAUCUGUAUUUUGUUUGUUUUUUCAAAGAAUUAUAAGUUAAGUACUUUAUUUGAACAUGUAGUACUUUCUUUUUAUUUACUUGCUCUUAUUUUGAAAUUUACAGCCCUACUUUAUUUAAUAAAUAAGAUAACACACAGUUGUGCUCAUAUGUUUGGUUACCCAGGCAGAAUUUGUAAGAUGUAUACAAUUCUUUGAAGAAAACAAAAUUUAAUUUUAUUUUAAUGGGAUUCAAAUUAAACUGUCAAACAUUUCAAAAAAGCAUUAUCAUUAAACAAAACAUAACCAUAAAGAAAUUAAUGAUGGUGAUUGUUCAGUCAUCAGUCGUAUUUAAAAAAAUAAAAUAAAAUAAAAAUAUUUCACAAAUUCUGCUUGGGUAUGUAAACUUAUGAGCACAACUGUACAUAUAUGCAGUCAUAGAUAUCCCUGUCAUAUUGGAAUGAAAGUGUAGGCUACACCUUUUUCAUAACCUCUGGGUGGCGGUGGCAUAUUCGAAUGAAAGUGUACACCUUUCUCAUAAUCUCUAGGUGGCGGUGGCAUCUUGGAAUGAAAGUGUACAGCUUUUUCAUAACCUCUAGAUGGCAGCAUACCUUUAUAAAAUGUGACAGUUCUUUUCAUUUCCCCCCAUACCUAUGUAUAAUGCGCACUAUUGACUUUUUACAAUUGUUUUUUGAAAAAAAAUGGGCAUUAUACACAAGAAAUUACUGUAGUUGUUGGAAUAUCACUUUGCAAGACCACAUCAACUGCUGUCGUGGUAACAAAACUCCAGUACUUCGUUUUCAGUAGUUUCUGUGGGUCCAUGUCAAUAGAGAUUUUUUUUGACAUAUGUACAUGAAGAGAAACGUUUUCUCUAGCUCUUUAGUUUGAAAAUGUAUACAUUGCCUGCAUGUCCAAAUCUGUGAAGUCCAUCUUUAACACACUCCCCUGCUAAUACAGCGGACAUAACAUUUCAAAGCAGUGUUGAUAUUAGUUUAGUUAGUUGGGGGUCGUUCUUUUUCUUCAAGAUUUAUUUGUUCUUUAAAAUUAACUGUAUUUACAAAAAUGGAAGGUUGGACAAGUAACAAUGAACGUGUAUAUCAAUUAUAGAUUGGAUUUUAUACGAAAUCCUCAAUGAUUCUCAUGAGAAAUGGCUGAACAAAAUGCACAGUAGGUCCUAAUUUAACUUAAUGUACAUAGUAACAUUUUGUAUUCCUCUGUGAUGAGGCAACCAGAGCUACUUGUUGCAUUGUGUCUGUUCGAUGAGCAUCCAACCUGGCCGUUGGCCUUCACUUCCAGGCAGCUUGAACCUGCACAUUUAGCUCCAUGCAGUAAACCACACCACCUGCUUUUAGCUCAUGACCUUUUUUUAUCUGCUGUUACAGAUCAAAAUGACCCAAUGAAUGACUCUCUUUGACGUUUAACGACUGUGUGAAAUUCUACAGAAAUUUUUUUGUGCUACUGACAUUUUUUUCUUUCUGUACCUCAUUUAUUUUAGUAUCAUAUAUAUCAGGGGUUGGCAAGCUGUGUGACAUGGAGUGGAAUUUUCUCCUCAAUGCAUGUGCCAUUAUCAACUUUCACGCAGUUAAAUUAUAACACAAAAUAAAUACAAAAACAUUUGCAACAUACCUGAACACAGCACGUUCAAUAGACUCAACUGCUUGGUGUUCGGAAAAUCUUCUCGUGCUUCGUCUCAAAAUCCAGUUUAACAUGACGUUCGGCACGCAAGAUUCUCACAACAUAAAGUGCACACAGCAUGGUCUUUUAAAACUACAAAACCAAACUCUUGUGUCCAUAAAGACUGGAAUGCCCUGGGUUUUGCCUUUUUAGCAGCCGUUGCUGUUGAUUAUGGGGAGGAGCUGUCACUCAAGGCCAAUAAAUGAGGCCACACACAAAACGACAUCGUCACAACACCCAUCGUGGCACGAGUGCCAAAGGUUGCUGACCCCUGAGAGAGAGAGAGAGAGAGAGAGAGAGAGAGAGAGAGAGAGAGAGAGAGAGAGAGAGAGAGAGAGAGAGAGAGAGAGAGAUGGCAGCACAAUGAAUGACUGGUUAGCACAUCUGCCUCACAGUUCUGGGGACCCGGGUUCAAAUCCAGCCUCACCUGUGUGGAGUUUGCAUGUUCUCCCCGUUUUCUCUGGGCACUCCGGUUUCCUCCCACAUCCCAAAAACAUGCAUGGCAGGUUAAUAAUUGAAGACUCUAAAUUGCCCAUAGGUGUGAAUGUGAGUGCGACUGGUCAUUUGUUUAUAUGUGCCCUGCGAUUGGCUGACGACCAGAUCAGGGUGUACCCCGCCUCUCCCCCAAAGAUAGCUGGGAUAGGCUCCAAGCCCGCCCGCGACCCUAGUGAAGAUAAGCGGUACGGAAAAUGAAUGGAUAUAUUCAUUCAAAUGAAUACUUGGGUCACCGGGGAGAGGCGGGGUAUACCCUGAACUGGUCGCCACCCAAUCCUCGCUACAAAACAUCUAAAAAGCCUUUCAAAAGGUUUGUAUUUACAGUGGUAGACGAACAGCUGUCAUGGUUGCUGUUUUGUUUCUUAUCUAUUCUUACCGAAUCUUGUGUUCAGCUCAGGUCCCUUGCAUGCUGUUUGGUCACAUUUCCACUGCUGUGACAACUCAAAGUAAAGUACUGUAAAACAUUUGUGCAUUUAUAAUGCUUGGAUACUGGAGUGUUUAUAGCUGUCUGCUCCAGUUUUCAUUUCAAGCUAUAGGAGCUAGUUCAAUUCAAAAACACUUAAAUGAUCAUUCACACCUGUAGCGGUAAGUGAAAAAAUAUCAACAUAACACAUUUUCAACGAGUUCAUGAUGUCGCACAAUUUUUAUUCUUGACCACGGAAAUAACUCUUCAUUAGCUUAACAACUUUCAUGUUAGGUAACUGAAAUCCUAAUGUUAAAUUGUGAUGUUUCACGUUCCGAAAUUGUACUUAAUUUUCAACGCUUACAACAGUUAUGUCCUCGUGUUACAUCCUGCUAGGUUCAUCUGCAUCACUUAGUGUGAGGAAAGCUGACUUUUGUCAGUAACUGAAUAAGAAAUUACAAAACUGAAUAAUUGAUCUUGUAUGAAGAAACCACAUAGAGAACCAAAGAAGAAGAUGAAUUUCCAUUGAGCAAUUUUUGCAUUAAACAAAAUCAAAAACAACCGGGUGUAACUUCCUGAAGGAUCCUUUCACAGGUCGCCUCGCAGUCUAACUAACACCCAAAGUGCCAUACUAGCAUAUUAAAAAGAUUCCACACCAACCACAACUUAACGACCACAUGCACAAUCACACAUACACACAAAUGUACCACAAAUUGUGGCUAUACAAGAUAAUAAUACUCCAUUUUUUUUAUUGAUGUGGUGAGGUAGGUACAAUAUUAAAUGAACUGUAUAUUUAUUAUUGUGCUUGUAGUUUGCAGUGGUGCAGAAUGACACUGCAUCAUACUGAGAGUUGUUUAUAAUAUUGAAUUGUUCUAAUUGGUUACCUCAUUUAGCUACGUGAUUACAUUUUUUAAAAUAUGACACGUCUCAGUAUGAUGUAGUAUAUUUUCACAACACGAUAGACCAAACCACAAUAAUAAACAUAUUCAGUUAAUGCCUCUCUUACACUGUCAAUCAAAACUGAGCAUGACUAUUUUUGUAAAGGCAGAAUAUUUGAUACAGCUCUUGUUGGAUCUCAUUAGAAGUGGUAAUAAUGUUGUGGCUUUUUAGUGUAUUUCCAUUGUGUAGUUCACAAAAAUGAUGUGCUAAUAUGAUGUAUGCUUUCAUCACUAUGCGCUCUUUGAGUAAAUACACUGUUGUUUUUAUUUUUGUGCCACAGAAACCAAUAAAUAGUAAUAAUUGAGAUUUCAUUUUACGUCCAAUAGGUUAAUUUCCAAAUCACCAAGGUAUUAAGAUGAUGAUGUUAUCUGAGACAAACGCCACAUUGUUUAAUUAAAAAAAAAUAAAAAAAUCCACACUUCAUUCGAUCCAUCCAUUGUCUACCGCGUAUACCGAUCAGGGCAGCGUGCCAGUCAGUCACAGGGUACACACAGUGGAGACAAACAAAACAUUCACACCUAAUGUAUGUGAAAUUUGGAGUCUUCAGUUAACCUACCAUGCAUGUUUAUGGACAGAUGCCACUCAAAACAGGAAACGUGUGAUGUAUAAUCAAUUAAUUCAUCUUUUUUGUCUCUUCAAACUCAUCGAUACCUUGCCAGUGUUUUACAAAUCACAACUGCUGAACUCGACACGAGGCAUGUGGCAAGCAAAGGUGAAAGUGCGACUAACCUUUCUAAUUCUUUCUUUCUCUCCUCUGUGUGUAUAUACAGUGUGAUGUUUCUACAGUAGAAUGUUGUAAAAUCAGCAAAGCCUAUAAGUGCAAGAACUCUCUCUGAAAAUAUACCUAUGACAUUUGUACUUAAGAUUCAAUCAAGCAUUAAGGAACAGCAAUGUCCCACAUUUGUCUAUUUUACUUAACUUUAUUAUGGCAUAAGAUGAUUGCAGUUUCUUAAAAAAAAAAAAAAAAAAAAGCUAUGUAACAAAGAUACAUGAGAAUAUGUUCAUAAAAGAGAAUAAAAGUUGUUUGCAAUCAGUGUUAUGUAUUUAAAUGUGACUAGCUAUGUUGUGCAACUUUUGAAGGAGACAGAAUCUUAAAUGAAACUGUUGUGUUUAUUACCAUGUAACAUGCUAAUAAAAGAAUAUACUGUAUGUAUUGGUACAUUC